ACCUUGACGAAGGUCCGAGCGGGAGGAGGCUGGCAGUCGCAGUCUCUCCUCCUCGCGCUCAUCACUCCGAGGCGGUGAGCUGCGAUCCAGAGUGCGGCUCCGUCCUGGACCGGCCUCUCUCCCCCCGGUUUAUCCAGCCCGAAACCGGUCAGGAUGGACCGGAAAAGACCCGAAGCGGACAGCAAGGAGGUCACGCUGUACGGAGAAUUUUCACCGAACAAUAACCUCAAAGUCCGGUGCGUGGUGAACCUGACCGAGCGGGAGUUUAUCGUCCAGAGGCUCACCUCGGCACCUGCCAGGCGGAGCAAGGUGGUGCUGAGCCUCCGGGACUGCGUCGGCUGCCGGGCGUACCAGAAGGAGGACAAGGCGGACCCGGCGGCGUACUUUGCGGCGUACUUCUACCCGCUGAAAUGCCGGCGGGUGAGCUCGAGGGUGUCGCGGCAGAGAGUGGAGCAGUGCUUUCGGCUCUCCGCGCUGCAGGACCCGCGCGCGAACCUGGAGGAGGCGGAGAAAUGGGCUCGCGCCGUCCGGGAGCGCUCUGCCCGGCAACAGCAGCCGGGAGACGGCGUGCUGCUGUCCUGUCCGUGUCGAAUGCUGCUGCUGGUGAACCCUCAGAGCGGGAAGGGACAGGCGCUGACCCUCUACAACAGCCAAAUCAAGCCCAUGCUCAAUGAUGCUGGCAUCAGGCACACCAUGUUACCCACCGAGCAUCAGAAUCACGCCCGCGAGUUCGUGAAAGGAGCUGACCUGUCGCAAUGGGAUGCUUUAGUGAUCAUGUCAGGAGAUGGCCUUCUGUAUGAGGUGAUAAACGGUUUGCUGGAACGAUCGGACUGGGAGGAGGCCAUCCGGACUCCGCUGGGUAUCCUUCCUGGUGGAUCGGGCAACGCCUUGGCCGCCUCCAUACAUCACUACUCCGGAGCGUCUCCCGUGUUCGGCGAGGACCUCCUGGUCAGCUGCGGCUUCCUCCUGUGCCGAGCGGCGGUGUUCCCCAUGGACCUGGUCUCCGUCCAUCUGUCCUCCGGCCAGCGCCUCUUCUCCUUCCUGUCUCUGGCCUGGGGCUUCGUGGCGGACGUGGACGUGGAGAGCGAGAAGUACCGGCACUUCGGAUCCGCCCGCUUCACCGUCGGGACGCUGGUGAGGCUGGCGUCUCUGCGCAUCUACAGAGGGAGGCUGGCGUACCUGCCCGCCGGCAGCAGCACCGUCCUGCACCGCGGCGCCCCCCUCCCCGUCCAGAGCUGUCCGUCCAGAAACUCCAACAACUCCGUCACGCUGAGGAGAACAGAGGGCGGCCCGCCCGACUCGCUGCUGCCCCCUCUGGACCAGCCGCUGCCGGACGACUGGGUGGCGGUGCGGGAGCAGGACUUCGUCCUCAUGCUGGCCAUGCAUCAGUCCCACCUGGCGGAGGACCUCCUGGCCGCUCCGGACGCCAGCCUGAGCGACGGCGUCAUCCACCUUUUCUACGUCACCGCCGGGAUAUCCCGCGCCGCGCUGCUGCGGCUGUUCCGCGCCAUGGAGAAGGGCACGCACCUGGCCGCUCCCUGUCAGCACCUGGUGCACGCCAAGGUGCGCGCCCUCCGGCUGGAGCCGCUCUCGCCCAAAGGCGUCAUAACCGUGGACGGAGAGGUGGUGGAGUACGGGCCGCUGCAGGCAGAGGCGCACCGCGGCCUGGCGAGGAUGAUCAGCGGCUGAAGUCGUUCCAAUCCACAUGUGCAGAUUCACGCAGAGAAACAUAAAAGAUGAAAUCAAAGAA